ACACUGUUGAAAUUGGAAUGCACAACAGUGCUUUUACAACACGUCUCCUCAAGCAAGAUGCCGGCCCUUGAUUUGAUCGACUACUCUCCGCAGCAACCGCAGCCGGUGCCACCUCUUGCCAAUGCUUCGAAUGUCAUCUUGAUCGACAAUUUUGACUCAUUCUCCUGGAAUAUCUACCAGUAUUUGAUGCUCGAAGGCGCAUCUGUCACAGUAUACCGAAAUGAUGAGCUCAGUAUAGAAGAGCUCGCGGCGCUGCGCCCGACCCAAUUGGUCAUCAGUCCAGGCCCAGGUCACCCCAAGACAGACUCUGGAAUCAGCAGAGAUGCGAUCAAAUACUUUGCUGGGAAGAUCCCUAUACUUGGGGUUUGUAUGGGACAGCAAUGCAUACUAGAUCUAUACGGAGGAGAUGUGAGCUAUGCUGGAGAGAUCCUGCACGGGAAGACAUCGCCACUCCGCCACGAUUCGAAAGGCGUAUACGCCAACCUACCUCAAGACCUGCCUGUCACUCGAUAUCAUUCUCUUGCGGGAACACAUCCCACUCUUCCGGAAUGCCUAGAAGUAUCCUCUUGGAUCGCAUCAGGCGUAGAUGGCGGCAAGGGGGUCAUCAUGGGUGUUCGGCACAAGGAGUAUGUAAUAGAGGGCGUUCAAUACCACCCCGAGAGUAUUUUGACAGCAGAAGGCCGUGUCAUGCUUAAGAAUUUUCUGCAAAUGCAAGGAGGAACUUGGGCGGAGAACGAACGACUACAAAAGGAGGCCGCAAGCAACGCCAAGCAAGUUUCGAAUGGAGCAAAAGAGAGCAAGAAAGAGAACAUUUUGGAGAAGAUCUUUGCGCACCGAAAAUUAGCAGUGGCAGCACAAAAAGAGAUUCCAUCCCAGAGGCCUAGUGACCUCCAAGCUGCAUAUGACUUGGAUAUUGCACCUCCUCUUAUACCACUCGAAAAGCGUCUUCGCAAAUCCCCGUUUCCUAUUUCACUAAUGGCUGAGAUUAAACGAGCCUCUCCUUCCAAAGGUGUCAUUUCAUUAUCAGCAUGUGCUCCAGCCCAAGCGAGAACUUACGCUCUGGCUGGCGCAAGCGUGAUUUCCGUCCUUACUGAGCCUGAAUGGUUUAAAGGAAGUAUCGACGACCUUCGCGCUGUCAGACAGGCUCUUGAGGGAAUGCCCAAUCGCCCGGCAGUAUUGCGUAAGGAAUUUAUCUUCGAAGAGUAUCAGAUUUUAGAAGCAAGGUUGGCUGGCGCCGAUACAGUUCUGCUGAUAGUCAAAAUGCUGGAUGAAGCUACUUUGACAAGAUUAUAUCACUAUUCUCGAUCACUUGGAAUGGAACCGCUGGUGGAGGUCAACACAGCUGAUGAGAUGUCGAUAGCUGUCAAGCUUGGCGCCAAGGUCAUUGGGGUCAACAACCGAAAUCUCACAAGCUUUGAAGUCGACCUUGAAACUACGAGUCGACUACUUGGCCAGGUCCCCAAGGAGACUAUUGUGUGUGCACUCAGUGGCAUCUCUGGACCUCAAGAUGUAGUAGCAUAUCAGAAAAAUGGUGUUGGCGCAGUUCUUGUGGGCGAAGCUCUCAUGCGAGCAAGAGAUACUGCCAAUUUUAUCCGUGAGCUCCUUGGAGGAUCAGAGCCGGUCGCAAAAUCAGCGCCUGGAAGCCUUCUCGUGAAGAUCUGUGGAACAAGAAAGGCAGAAACUGCGUUGGAGGCCAUCAAGGCUGGUGCGGACUUGAUUGGCAUGAUCCUUGUUCCCGGAAGGAGCAGACAUGUCCCUUAUAAGGACGCUGUUGCGAUAUCAAAAGCUGUUCAUCAAUCACAAGUAACCACCGGAACAGUAGUGUCUGAUCGGGUAAGCAGCCAGGCCUCAGACUUCUUCGCCAAUGCUGCCUCAAAUGUUUCAAGUCACCGACCGUUGCUGGUCGGCGUCUUCCAGAAUCAACCCCUGGAGGAGGUCUUGGAGCUACAGAAAGCCUAUGACCUGGAUAUUGUGCAACUCCACGGAGAUGAGCCAUUGGAGUGGGCCAAUCUUAUCCCUGUCCCUGUUAUUCGAAGUUUCAAACCCGGUCAGCCUGGUCUUGGAAAGAGGGGCUAUCACACUGUACCGUUACUGGAUUCUGCGACUGGAGGGUCUGGCCAGAAACUAGACAUUACAGAAGUGAAAACAGCACUCACAAAGGACCAGGGUUUAAGGGUAGUACUUGCAGGUGGACUAAACCCAGAUAAUGUGGCCGACGUUGUACGAGCAGCUGGUUCUCUAGGCGACAGGAUCAUUGGCGUCGACGUAAGCAGCGGUGUUGAGGAAAAUGGGGUUCAAAGCGUGGCGAAGAUUCAGGCUUUCAUAAAAGCAGCUAAGAGCGUUAGGUAA